AUGUCAGAUAGACCGGCUCCUACACAACGCAUUGGACCAAGCCACCGGUCAACUGGUGAGAAACCCAGUGCCACGCUCUCGGCGGGAGUCACCUUUGAUAAUGUUUGCAUCCUUCCUCAAACCCCACAGCUAAUUGCACUCCUCUCAAUGAUACGAAAUAAGAACACCGAGCGAGCCGACUUCAUUUUCUAUUCGAACCGCAUUAUUCGCCUCUUGGUAGAGGAAGGCCUUAAUCAUCUUCCUGUUAUAGCACAGACUAUUACCACACCAGUUGGCCGCACAUAUGAUGGGCUGAUGUUCCAAGGGAAGAUAUGUGGAGUUUCGAUUAUGCGAGCAGGUGAAGCGAUGGAACAAGGACUGAGAGAUUGCUGUCGGUCUGUUAGGAUUGGCAAGAUUCUUAUUCAACGAGAUGAAGAUACGGCACAACCGAAACUCUUCUACGAUAAGCUACCAGAAGAUAUUGCUGAUCGCUGGGUGCUUUUAUUGGACCCCAUGUUUGCAACAGGUGAAUUAUACCAGGCGUCUGUCGUGAAUGACCUGCAGUCGAUUGAUAGAUAUACUAACUGCUCGUGUAUCAUGCAGGAGGAUCUGCCAUCAUGGCAGUACAAGUGUUAA